CGUCGUUCUUUAAAUAUUUUAUAAAUUAAUUCAGCAAACAGCAUAAGCGAAAUUAAAAAAUACAACAAAAACAUCAGGAAUUAAUGUAGUGCCUAAUGCAAUGUGUAAUAAAACCGAGUAGACAAGGAGGUGCAGCAGAUCAUUAAAUACCCGCAAACACAGUUACAACGUAAAAAAUAUAAAAUACAAAUUUAUAUUUAUUAUUGAAUAAAUAAGCAGAGUAAAUAUCACAUAUGCUACCCGUGAAAACAAAUUGAAUUAUUCAGCAAAUUAAACAGCAAAUACUUGUUGUCGUUUUAUGAAUGUUUGGCUUUUAAAGAGCAUACAACUUAAUUGAGGGUUACAAAGUGGUCUUGGCAACGAAUAAAUUCAUAAAGUGUGAUAUUGCAGACGGAAAUAUAACUGGAUCUGUAAAAAAGAAAAUAAAACGAAACUAAACAAUAUUUUUUCGAAAGCAAAAGUCAAAUAAAACCAAAGAACAUGUUGGCCUUUCACAACGAACACAUUGCAAGUUGCGCUUUUCUGACUUACUUCAGUCCGGAGAGCUCGGCCACGCCUGCAACGUCGCCCACUUCGGGGGCACAGGCUUCGCUCCACAAUGACAAACAAUCCAUCGCAGGGGUUGCCUAUCCAUGUGGCGCCCUAAACGUGCGGCGCUUGCGCUGGCAGCAACAUCCGCAGUCCUUUGGUUGUCCCUACCCACGUCUGCAGCUGCAACGCCACCGCCAGCAGCAGCAGCCUCUACAAAAUCAAAGCCAACCAUCGACUUCCGGCCGCCUCAGUUUGAGCAACCGCCACAAUUUGCGCGAACUCUGCAAAACUCAGGCAAUUUGCUAACAGCAAUUGCAUUCCGCUGCCAGCGAUGCAAGUGCCACUUCAGCAACAACAUCAUCAACAACAUCAUUAAGAAACCCAACAUCAAGCAAUCCAGGAACAAUAUCAAGCCCAUCGGGUC